AUGAAUACACUCAGAUAUUUCUUCUUUGCUCUCCUGAUUCUCAGUAUUUCAGUUCCAUUUGUUUUCUAUGCUGUUAACUUGCAUGCACAAAAAUCUCUUAGGAGGCUGAACUUCUUAGUGAAUUCAACUUUAGCAGAAGCUUGUAAAACACUUGUUGAAGAUAAGGCAUCCUUUCUGAAGGAAAACACUUUAAAAAUAUCAUUCAGAGAAUCCAGUUGUACUGAGUAUAUCAAGCAGAACCACUACAUCACCCAUGCUCUCUCAGCUGAGGAGGCCACCUUCCCCAUCGCCUAUGUCAUGACCCUGCACAAGGAGUUUGAGACCUUUGAGCGGCUCUUCAGAGCAGUGUAUAUGCCCCAAAACAUCUACUGCAUCCAUGUGGACGCCAAGGCACCGACUCCCUUCCAUAGGGCGGUGCGGGGCCUGCUGGACUGCUUCCCCAACGCCUUCCUCGCCUCCCAGGCAGAGCACGUGGUCUACGGCGGCAUCUCCCGCCUGCGGGCUGACCUCCACUGCAUGAGAGACCUGCUGGCCUCAGCCGUGCCCUGGCGCUACCUGCUCAACACCUGCGGCCAGGACUUCCCCUUGAAGACUAACCGGGAGAUCGUCCGACUGCUGAAGGGUCUUGGGGGGAAGAACAUCACUCCUGGGGUGCUGCCACCCCUCCACAUCACUGCCCGCACCAAAUAUGUGCACAGGGAGCAAUUGUACACUUCCUUUUCUUUUAUGCUGUGGACUUUUGUACACAAGGCUCCGCCACCCCAUAACCUGACCAUCUAUUUUGGCUCUGGAUAUGUGGCCGUUACCCGUCCCUUUGUGGAGUUUGUGCUGGGGGACCAGCGUGCCAUUGAUCUGCUGGCAUGGUCCGAGGACACUUACAGCCCUGAUGAGCACUUCUGGGUGACUCUCAACAGGAUCCCAGGUGUUCCGGGCUCUAUGCCCAAUGCAUCAUGGGAAGGUGACCUGAAAGCAGUGAAGUGGAUCGGUAUGGAAGAGAAUCAUGGAGGUUGUCAUGGCCAUUAUGUGAGAGGAGUUUGUAUAUAUGGAACAGGCGACCUAAAGUGGCUUUUUAACUCCACCUGUAUGUUUGCAAAUAAGUUUGAACUCAGAACAUAUCCCCUGACUGUGGAGUGCCUGGAGCUGAGACAUCGUCAGAGAACCUUGUCCCAGAGUGAGGUUCAAGUGGAACCCAACUGGUAUUUUUAG